AUGGCAGACAUUAAUGCCAUCCCUGCAAAACCAGCUUAUUCAAACUUCACAGAUUUUGCAUUGAUCCUGCAUUUUAUGGCUGAAAUGGUGCAAAGUUCUAGAGAGAUUUUGUCUUUGGAUGGUCAAGCGCUAGCUUCUCUUUAUCCACGAAUAAUCCAUCACAAAUUCUUCCUACAAGGCUUUUUACUUGCAUUCCUUUCUUCCCAUCAAGUGCUUGCCAAUGAGGCACCAAAUGGGGCACAAAGUGAAGAUUUGAUUACUCAAGCUUGUGAUCGAACCUUGUACACAAACGUAUGCAAAGCCAUUCUUGAAUCAGACCCAGAGAGCAAAGGAUCUGACUUCCAGGGCUUUGGCAAAAUAGCACUCCAGCUUGCAAAAUCAAAUGCUAGUGAAAUAAUAGGACAGAUUCUUGAUUUGGCACCCACAACAACAAAUGAGUUCGAACGCCAAUGUUUACGAGAUUGUUCCGAGGGUUACCAAGAGGCGAUCGAUCAAAUUAAGGAUUCGAUUGAAGCAUUGCAGUCCAAACGUUACAACGAUGCUAAUACAUGGAUCACUGCUGCCAUGACCGCGGCACAAUCGUGCGAGGAAGGGUUCCUUGAACAACCAGGACAUGACUCUCCAUUAACUGAAAGGAAUCAAUUGUUUGGCCAGAUUUGCAGCAUUGGUUUAACAAUUACCAAUCUCUUGAAUGCUGCUGCUGCUGCUUAAUUGCUU